GUUAUUAAAGAACUUGAUUAAAUCCGUGUUUCUUUUGCACAUUAGCAAAACAUUGCGGUCAGACCUUCACAUGAUCACAUUCGGUGCAUUCAGAAAGCAACGGACGUUUUCUGCAAGCUUUCUCAUAUUCAGAUGCAGCCCAAGGACAAUGGAAGGAAAUGGGAAGCUCCCAGCACAUAGCCAAGACUUCCAGAAGUCUCCCUGAACGGCAAUGUGAAGCUUUAGAGCAAAUUUUUAAGCAAUAAUUCAGCGUUCAGAUCUGCUGGAACAAACUUGGUCACCUGGGACAAGGAAAAGGUGGAUCCAAAGCGAUGGCUGAAGAAAUACAACUCAGAGAGAAGAAGCCGAGAAGUUUGCCUCGGUCUGAUGGGUGUGGUCUCUAUAACUUUGACGCUUUGGAUUUGUCUGGAGGGUUAAGGAUCGUCCUGGUUGGAAAGACUGGAUCAGGGAAGAGUGCCACGGGAAACACUAUCCUCGGCAGAGCUGUCUUCAAAGAAGAUCCGAGCCCGAUGUCGGUGACCAAGCACUGUGAGACACAGAGCGGAGAGGUGGACGGGAUCGCAGUCCAAGUAAUCGACACUCCGGGCCUGUUUGACACAGGAAUCACAGAGGAGGAACUGAAGUCCAGGAUAGAAGAGUGUGUCAAGAUGUCGGUUCCUGGACCUCAUGCUUUCCUUCUGGUGAUCAGGCUUGGAGUCAGGUUCACCGAGGAGGAGAGGAAUGCCGUGAAGUGGAUCCAGGAAAACUUCGGCGACGACGCCUCCAUGUACACCAUCAUGCUGUUUACGUGCAAGGAUCAAGGCAAAGCAGACAAUGCCCUGAAGGAGUGCAAGGAGCUCCGGAGACUUUCGAUCACGUUCGGGCGCAGGUACCACGCCUUCAACAACAACGACGCAGACGACCGCGUGCAGGUCACAGAGCUCAUCAACAUGAUCAAGGAAAUGGUACAAGACAACGGAGGGAAGCACUACACAAACGAGAUGUAUGAGAAAGCCCAGAGGAAGCUAAGAGAGGAGGAGGAGCGCAAGAGGCAGGAAGAGGAGGAGAAGAAGGAGGAAGAGAGGAAGGUUUGGGACGAGGAGAGGGAGAAGCAGCAAAAAGAACGAGAGAAGAAGAAACAGGUUCGGAGGAAGAACAUCCGCGUGGCCUCGGCUGCUGCGGUUGUGUUGGUGUUAGCCGGCGUUGUCAUAGCGGUGGGGGCAAACACCACCGUGGCGCUGGCUCUGGGGGCUCCGACGCUCGUCCUGGGGGUUUUAUGUGGUUUAGCUGCCAUUUGGGUUUGGAAAGGAAUAAAAUGUAAAGCUAAAAAAAACAGUCCGGUGUAAUUAACACAAAAUCAUGUCUGUCAGUAGUAAUAUUACAAAUAAAGUUCGGAUGCAGAAUAUCUUCCACAAGAUUAGCUAAUAUUGGUAUGAAUGUCAAAACUUUUUCUGGUUUUCAGAAAAUGUUUCUCAAAUGAACAAAGUAAAGCUUGACUGGAAAAUGAAUUUAAAUUAGAAAUGUUAUUUAGGUCAGAGGUGUCACACUCAUUUUUAUAUCAAGGUCACAAAUUUUCUCAAAGGGCCAAUUGUGUCAGAAUGUAUUGAAAAAAUA